AUGUCUUUUUCUGAAAAAAGUUCAAUGUCUGCAGAAGAUGCAGAAACACUGGUGGCAGGUAUUAGUGGGGAAAAUGCCUCACUCAGUGAUAGCUCUGGUGAUAAUAUAAAUAUUACAAAUUUAAUUAGUAGCGACUUCCAAACCCUAACUGAACUUUCACAUGAACUAUCUAUGGAUACCAGCAGUGAAAUGGAAACUGAAGCCACCAUAAAACCCAUGUUUAUAGAACGUGAAGUUGUCGUUGGAAGUCAAGAAAUAAUCGAACACGAAGAAGAAGUUGAAACAGAAGAAAUGGUUACCGAAGAAUUAGAAAUGCAGCCUGAACAAUCUAGUAGAGAUUCAAAAUCGAUAAUUUCUGAAACUAAAAGUAUAAAAACAGCUACAGUCCCACCUUUACGACCAUUAACGAUUGCUCCAAAACCUACCAAAGUGCCACUUGCAGUUAAAACUGCUGAUGGUCAGUUGCUCUUAUUACAAGGUGCAGGCACAGGACAAGCAAUCAAACUGGUAUCACCGCAAGGGCAAGAAUUGAAUUUGACCAAUCUAAUCAGUCGACCAGUAACUUUGAAAUCGACAUUGAAGACUGUUUCUUCUCAAGGGGGAAACAUAUCAUUGAUUCAACAAAAACCUGUAACAAUGAAAAAAAUCAUCGCUCCAGCACAGUCACACCUUACUACAAAAACACUGACCAAUCUCACUACAAAACCUCUGACAACAUUCACGAAGCAAGGCCAACACUUCAUGGUCGUGCAAAAAACUGAUCAGCAACCUAUGAAAAUUGUGCAGUCCCAAGGAGGCAAUCUUGCAAUAGCCGGACCUUCGAAAACUCUCACCUUACAGCAAGCACAAGAACUGGGCAUCAUAUCGAACACCAAAAUAAUUCAACAGUCCCAGUCGGCGCCGAAACAGACGUUGUUGAUUACUAAGAACCCACAAAAGGCAUUGAAAUUCGUACCACAAGCUAAAACGGUUACAUUGACUACAUCAAAAGGUAUGAACAAGAUAUUACCGACUACAAAGCUUCCCCAAAGGAUAAUAUUUAAAGCUCCCGGUUCAACUCAAACCAUAUUACCACAGGGCCAAUUAAUACAGGUUCCUGGUACACAAGGCUUGAAUAUGGGACAGUUGCACCAGAUAAAUAUUCCUGGCAAAGGGGUCCAGUAUAUAAAAUUUGUUGCUGCUAAUACAACAGAAUCUACUGCUACUACUCUUUCUACUUCUACAGGAACUGCAGUAAAAACAUCUGCUGGAACUACAAUUACUACAAAUAUUGUGUUGUCAGAUUUGAAGACUGUACCUAGCGUAAGUAAAAUAGCGCCGAAGCCUAUGCCAGGCAAAGUGGCGAUCACCCCCCUCAAACCUCUGAGCACCCCGCUGAUGGUCGUCCCCAACAGCAUCUCUUCCCCGCUGCCGGUCAUCUCCAAGGUCGCCAUUCCUGCGCAACCCUCGAAAUCUUCGUCUACGAAAAGCGAAGGUUCCUCGCCCCCCACUCCCAAAGAUGAGGUCGACGUGGACGGCAUGCGGCCUCGGAAGCCGUGCAACUGCAACAAGUCGCAGUGCCUGAAGUUGUACUGCGAUUGUUUCGCCAACGGGGAGUUUUGCUACAUGUGCAACUGCACGAACUGCUUCAACAAUCUGGACAAUGAGGAGCACAGGAACCGAGCAAUCAAAGCAUGUCUCGAGAGAAAUCCACAUGCGUUUAGGCCAAAGAUUGGUAAAGCAAAAGAAAGUGGCGACUCAGCAAUACGAAAACAUACCAAAGGCUGUAACUGUAAGAGGUCAGGCUGUCUGAAGAAUUAUUGUGAAUGUUACGAGGCCAAAAUUGCAUGUUCAAACAAUUGCAAAUGCAUUAGUUGUCGCAACAUUGAGGAUUCCAUUGAAAGGAAAAAUCACAUGAGACUCAUGACAAAUGAGAAAGCUACCAACACACCUACUUCAACUGAUAAUCAUCUAAUAUCAAGUAAAGAUUUUGCUCAAACACGUCCGAGACGUAGCUCCAAUUCACGGAAACAAACUAUCAACUUCAUAACCGAUGAUGUUAUCGAAGCUACAUGCCAAUGUCUGUUGACGAUAUCAGAUAACGCCGAUGAAAAUCUUCAAGACGAAGAAGUUACCAAAAGUCUUAUUAUAGAAGAAUUUGGCAGAUGUCUCACCGAAAUCAUCGACUGUUCAUCGGGUCGCAAUUUGAUCUAA